AUGGAUGCUGAUUACGAAAAUGAAUAUGAAGAUGAAUACGAAGAUGAAUACGAAGAUGAAUAUGAAGAUGAUGACAUCGAAAUCAUGGAAGAGGAUGAGAAAGACAUCGAAAUAGAAUCAGAAGUCAUCGACAAGACUGACAUAUUGACGGGUUAUAUAACAGAAUUCAAAGCAAGAAGGACGAGGGAAUUAGCCGAGGCUGAAAAAAAGAAGAAACACUUGCAGCAUCUGAUCGGUUCGCCUGAUACGAAGCAGGUUAAGAAGAAAACGGACGACGACGCAUCCGAGGAGACGCCAAUCACCCCGGAAGAGGAAGUGACCGUGAGCGACCGAGCGUCAACUGAGAGCUCGGUUCAUCCGUGCCUGCGUGAAAUAGACAUCAGCGAUUCCCAGUUGAAAAUAAUAAAUCCAUACACGGUGUAUGAGGUGCCAGAUGAUCCUGGAUUGUCACCGGCUUUUUGGCUGUUGCGCGAACGUCCGCCAAUUUACAGUGAGGAUGGUGUGCAGAAAUUCUACGACAUGGUAAAGCGUUUGGGUCUGCGGCCGAUCGGUUCAUUAAGAAAUAUGCUCGUAACCGAUCAAGUAAAUCUGCGACACUACGGGCUGGAAUCACCCGUGAUAAGAGCGAUCUACGAGGCUCUGGCGGAAAACACUUAUGUGCGAACAGUGGACCUCAAGGGCAACAAAUUAUCCCCGGACGCAUGCAGACAUCUAAAUAAUCUGCUGCUUAUAAACAAUGUGAUAACCAAUCUGUCGCUGUCGGGCUGCCAAAUCGGUGCGAAUGGUGCAAGCAAAUUAUGUGACGCAAUCUCGAUGAACGCAACCUUGAAGAUACUCGACCUCAGCAGCUGCAACAUCGGGAACAACGGCUUCGAAUACGUCGCGUUCGCGUUGUCUGAUAAUCAAGGCUUGGAGAGCGUUAAUCUUUCUGACAAUCAUCUGGAUGAGACGUGCUCCGAAAAUUUGCAGAAUCUACUGUCGCACUCUGAAAUCUUGACGCAUCUAGAUUUGUCCUGGAACUCUCUAUAUAGUGCUAAACUCUGGAAAGCUCUUAUCAAUGCUGAGGAAAACGAGACCCUACAUUCUUUGAAUUUAUCUUGGACCGCACUUGGCACAGAGUGCGUGCCUCAUCUGUAUAAAUUAUUGGCACGUUCGAAGAUCAUCGAAAAGCUGGAUUUAAGCUGGAAUAGAUUUACCGAAAAUGAUGCUACAUCCAUCGCGGCAGCUCUAUCGAAAAAUAGUACGCUUCAGGAAUUACAUCUGGGAAACAAUCCUUUAAGAGCGCAAGGUGCUUUAGCUCUGGUGCGUGCAAUCACACCACAUAAUUCCCCUAGAAGCAUUUUAUAUCUUCUAGACUUGGAAAAUGUUUGGGCUAAUAAGAAUGUUCUUCAAGAGCUGGAGACAAUCCAAAAGCACAAACCAUGGGUCGUCAUCAAAUUGGGUGGUAUUUUAAGCAAUUAUCAACUUGUUGGGCCAAAUGUUAGAAGAAUAGUUCUGAAAAGAGCAAAUUACGAGGCGAUGCUUCCAAAACGAAAAAGACGACAACGCAACUUCGGCCACUUCGUGUUGUCACUGAUGGAUAAAAGGAUUUCACGAGCAAGAUUUAUGGAACUGGUACAGAAUUUUAAGUUGAAGCUUUCGACAUCACUCGUAAACGAGAUUAUGAACGCAUUCGAAGGACCAAAGGAUACUGUCGAUCUAAAGCUGUUAAAAUCGUUUUACUUGGAAGAGUAUCCACGAACACAACUGCCAUUAAAACUGCACAAAAAAAAGAAAAUUUAAGAUGAAAAUAGAAACAGAAAAUAUAACGAU